AUGGACCAUCGCGCCCUCUCAAAUGACUCGCGCCGCAACGAUCAUCCCCCACCUCCCACUCCGCACUACGACCAGCCCUCCGCCGCACAACAGAGCGAAGCCUUCCAACAGGCUCUCAACACCAUCGAAGUUCAAGGCUCUUCCGACGAAGACGCCUACUCAGAUUCCGGCUAUGAGGAGAGUCUAAACUCUGCCUUCUCGUCUUCGACUUCCAUGUCCUCCUCUGUGCGCCAUUGGGAUUUUGAAAAUGGUCGUCGCUAUCACGCAUAUCGUCAAGGUCACUAUCUUCUACCCAACGACGAUGCAGAACAGGAGCGCGAAGACAUCAAACAUGCCACCGUCUUGACUGUCUGCGGUGGCAAGCUGCACUUUGCGCCCAUUCCCGAAAACCGUCCAGACACUCGCAUUCUCGAUAUAGGCACAGGGACCGGCAUCUGGUGCGUCGAAAUGGGUGAUCAAUAUCCUUCUGCUCAAAUUACUGGCGUAGACCUAAGUCCCAUACAACCAGAUUGGGUGCCUCCGAAUGUUAAUUUCAUGGUCGACGAUAUAGCAAGCGAGUGGCUGUAUCCUGAAAACCACUUCGACAUGAUCCAUGCCAGACACAUGGGUGUCGCUAUCAAAGACUGGGAUCAUGUCCUCAACUCAGCAUACACACAUCUCAAACCAGGUGCAUGGCUCGAGUUUUGUGAAUUUGAUUACUGGCCGAGCUGUGAUGAUGGGACCAUGACUGAGGAUAAUCUCCACUACGGAUGGCAUGUCCUUGUGACCGAAGGUAUGAAGAAAAACGACGUCGACUUGCACGCCGCUUUGUCUUUGAAGAGAAGGAUAGACCACGCCGGCUUCGAAAACGUAACUGAGAGGAUCAUGAAAGUUCCUCUGGGUCACUGGCCCAAGAAUCCCCUUCUCAAGAAAGUCGGCAGCUACAUGCAUGCUGUCCUUUACGACGGCCUUCAAGGCAUCUGCAUGGGUCCCCUAACAAGAGGUUUGGGUUGGUCAAGGGAGCAAGUUGAGCUCUAUUUACCUGGAGUACGAAAGGACCUAAACAAUAUGAGUGUGCACACUUAUUACAGUCUGCACGUAAUCACGGCCCAGAAGCCAUACCAUUGA